AAUGGCUCAUCCACACAAAUAUGGGGAAGAAGGGCCCCUAUUCAAAGGCUAUGAAAUAAAUAAAAACGCUACCUAACUACUCCAUCUUCUUCUUUUAGUAGUUUAUAAACAUGUGUUUGUAUUUAAGGAAUCGAAUUCAUCAUUAGAAGCUACAAAAAUAGAAUGACUAAUCAUGAGUAUGUUCCAUCAAUGGUUCUAAUAAAGUUGUCGAUGCUGCUGCUUCUACUUGUCUUGACGCCACAUGCUGAUUCUGGCUCCAUUGUCAAGUUUCUUCCUGGUUUUGAAGGUCCUCUUCCUUUCGAGCUCGAAACCGGGUAUAUUGGUAUUGGUGAAGAAGAGGAAGUGCAAUUGUUUUACUACUUUAUAAAGUCUGAGAAUAAUCCGAAAGAAGAUCCUCUUCUUCUCUGGUUGAGCGGUGGACCUGGUUGCUCUUCCACCACUGGUCUUUUUUUUGAGAACGGGCCUGUGACAUUCAAGGUUGAUGGUUACAAUGGAGGUAGCCCCACCUUGCUUUCUACUACAUAUUCAUGGACAAAGGUGGCGAACAUGAUAUUCUUGGACCAGCCUGUUGGGACUGGCUUCUCCUAUGCAAAAACUCAACUUCUUGAUACACCAAGUGACUCGGGAGAAGCUAAGCGGAUCCAUGAGUUUAUGCGUAAGUGGCUAAGCAAGCAUAAAGAGUUUAUCUCAAAUCCUUUCUAUGUCUGCGGAGAUUCUUAUUCUGGUAAAGUUAUUCCGGCAACCGUUCAAGAAAUCUCCAAAGGAAUUGAUCUUGGGUUCGAACCUCAAAUAAAUCUUGAGGGUUAUGUCAUAGGAAAUCCGGUAACAGACACCGAAGUUGAGCAUAACCUUCGCAUUCCAUUUGCUCAUGGAAUGGCAUUGAUCUCUGAUGAACUCUACGAGUCGUUGAAGCGCAGCUGCAAAGGAAGUUAUGAAAAUGUAGAUCCAGUUAAUACAGAAUGCUUGAAUUUUGUUGAAGAAUACAAUAAGUGCAUUGCUAGGAUAAAUCAAAAUCUUAUUACAAGACCACUGUGCAAAGUUCUGUCAUCUCCAAAAAGAUACAUUGAAGAACUUGUCCUUCCAAGCCUUUCCGUUCCAUUUACUGAUUGCUAUAGUUAUACAGAUUUGAUUUCUUCCAAUUGGGCCAAUGACGAGAGCGUUCGCAGAGCACUUCAUGUGGUAAAGGGAAGUAUAAGAAAAUGGGUUCGAUGUGCUUCUUUCGAUACGCCUUAUAAUGUGGACAUUAAAAGCAGCGUACCAGACCAUAUGAAUAACAGUAUCAAAGGUUAUCGAUCUCUCAUCUACAACGGCGAUCACGACUUGGUGGUACCAUUCAUCUCAACACAAGCAUGGAUAAGAUCUCUUAAUUACUCCAUCAUUGACAAUUGGAGGCCAUGGAUGAUAAACAAUCAAGUUGCUGGAUACACUCAGACUUAUGCAAAUAAGAUGACAUAUGCUACUGUCAAAGGAGGUGGGCAUACAGCAGAAUAUAAACCAGAGGAAAGCUCUAUCAUGUUUCAAAGGUGGUUAACUGGCCAACUUCUAUAAAAUUGCCUCUUUGCAAUUCGUUGACUAGAUGAUCGUUAAUAAAACAAUCAUUCAUGCUUGUACUGUAGACCGUAUUUAUAUUUUAUUAUUCUUACAAUAUACCAAUUUUGUAUUAACCAUUAAAA